CUCACUCACACACCACGUCCUCUGAGAACUCAGCUGGCUGCAACCGCGCACACCCCGCCCCAGCGCGCGUCCCAGGCCGGUGGAGCGCAGAUCCAGAUCCCCAGCGCAGCCGCUUGGCCGGGUGUUCCCGAGCCUCAGGUGGCGCGAGAGGGAGAGCCCGCGCGUGACAACCCGGUUGCCCACGCCGAGACCUUCAGCCCUCCGGUCCUCGAGGGGAGCGGAACCAGCGCGUCAGCUACUCUGAGCCCACCUGCCGGCCCUCGCGGGCCCGCUCCAGCUGUGCCGGGCUCCGGGCGCCAGCUUCACCGCUGGAACGCUACGCGAACUCUGACUCCUUCUCCUGCGCCUCCCGAGUGCCCCAGACGACCCGAAGAAGCGUGGCGCGACAGCGGGAGCUCGCAAUGGCCGGGGCGCGUGGGUUACUGUGUCUGUGGCUGGGCUGCUUCUGCCUGAACCUGGCGCAGGGACAGAGACAGAGCCUGCACCUCUCUGAGCCCCGCCGGGCUGAGACAGACGACCGCACGACAGGUGGUGACCCGAGUCCGGACCUGCCGCCGCACGACAAGGUGUCGGAGCAUAUGCUGUGGCUCUAUGAUAGAUACAGCGGCGGUAGUAGAGUUCAGGACACCCGGACGCCCGGCUCACAGCCCCUGGGUCCCCAGCCCCUGCGCGGUGGCAACACCGUCCGCAGUUUCCGAGCCGCAGCUGCAGGAACUCUUGAAAGAAAGGGGCUGCACACCUUUAAUCUGACUUCUCUGACCAAGUCUGAAAAUGUUUUGUCAGCCAAACUGUAUUUCUGUAUUGGAGAAUUAGUGAACAUCAGCUCGAGCUGUCCGCUAUCCCAAGGAUGUUCCCAUCAUGCGCAGAGACAACACAUGCAGAUAGAUCUCUCUGCGUGGAUCCUCAAACCCAACCAAAGCCAGCUCUUGGGUCACCUGUCAGUAGAUGUGCCCAGACCUUAUCGAGACAGCAUGACUUGGCUGUCGAAAGACAUCACCCACCUCCUAAGAAAGGCUAAGCAGAACGAGGAGUUCCUCAUAGGGUUUAACAUUACUUCCAGAGCUCAUGAGCAGCCCAAACACAUGCUACUUUCCCCGGAGCCGUACAUCUUGGUGUAUGCCAACGAUGCCGCCAUUUCUGAGCCAGAAAGUGUGGUAUCUAGCUUACAGAGACACAGAGAUUUCCCCGAAGGAACUGUGCCCAAACUGGACAGCCACAUCAGAGCUGCCCUCUCCGUUGAAAGGAGGAAGAAGCGUUCUACUGGAAUCCUGUUGCCUCUCCAGAACAAUGAGCUACCUGGGGCAGAGUAUCAGUACAAGGAAGAUGGCGUGUGGGAGCAGAGAAAGCCUUACAAGACCCUUCAGACUCAGCCCCCUGAAAAGAGUAAGAACAAAAAGAAACAGAGAAAAGGACCUCAUCAGAAAGGCCAGACACUGCAGUUUGAUGAACAGACCCUGAAGAAGGCAAGACGAAAGCAAUGGAUCGAACCUCGAAAUUGUGCCAGGAGGUACCUCAAAGUGGACUUUGCUGAUAUUGGCUGGAGUGAAUGGAUUAUCUCCCCCAAGUCAUUUGAUGCUUAUUAUUGCUCUGGAGCCUGCCAGUUCCCUAUGCCAAAGUCUUUGAAGCCAUCAAAUCAUGCGACCAUUCAGAGUAUAGUGAGAGCAGUGGGGGUCGUAUCUGGAAUUCCCGAGCCUUGCUGUGUGCCAGAAAAGAUGUCCUCACUCAGCAUCUUGUUCUUUGAUGAAAACAAGAAUGUAGUGCUGAAGGUCUACCCUAACAUGACAGUGGACUCCUGUGCCUGCAGAUAACCCGGCAAGAAGGAAGUCAAAGGCUCCAUACAGUCACUGGUUGGGUUUUAUGGACAUUUCUUUCUUCUUUCCUUUCUUUUUCACUCUAUUUGUUUUUGCACUGCCAAUGCGUUUUGUCCCAAAAGAUGUUUUAUUGCAGAAAGAGAAUGAUCAAAUAGAUCGAAAAUUUCCACCAAGCAAAACUAAACUUUAUUUUCUUCUGAAUGUAACUAAAAGUAAGAUUUUGGUAAAUGCGAACAUCCAUUUCUUUUUUUAAUCACAUAAGAAAAGCUAUUACUCAAACUGACUUUAGGAGUGUUACAGACCCUGUUGACUUAUUUUUGUAUUGGGAUUUAAAACUAGGUGGGAAAUAACAGCAAUACCUUACCGUCUGUCUCUACUCAUCUAACGACUAAAGAGACGUAGAUAGGAAUCUUGAGGUUUUUAUUAGUUUUCUUGCCUUAGAUUCAUGAACGACCCAGUCUACCAUACACCCAGCUGGCUUUGAUGUUCAUGUAAAGAAUUUCUGAGAUUUGUUUACCUUUGCUUUCUCUCCACAAUCAUGGUGUAUGUUGAGUUAGCAUAUGCUGAGGGCUAGUGUGUGUAUACACGUGCCAGGUGCCUGCACUUUUGUUAAAAACCUUUUUUCCUUUUGUGGUUCUGAAGCUCCAUCUUCAUGGGAUUCCUUUUCUUUUUCAAGAUCAUAUUCUGAUGAGCACCAUCCACUCGUGAUUGCCAUGAUUCAAGAGCAUAUGCCAAGAGCAAUGCUUGAUCCAGCCAUCUGAGGGGAUGUUUUCAUUUCACUGCGUUCCAGAAAAAGAGAAUCAGGAAUUCCAUUUUUGAAAACCCAGAUGUAGCUCUCCUGUACCUCCUAAAAAAAAAAAAAAAGAAAGAAAGAAAGAAAACAUUUUCAUAUGCUCUAAGCUAACUUCGGAAGUACUUCCUGAAGUUAUCGGUUCUCUAGUUCUCUUGCUAUUAUCCUCUUUCUUCGUGUGCUGCUGUCCACAGACGUUGAGGCUUAAACCCCGUUAGAAAUGACCGCGUGAAUGACUAUCAUGUUCCCCACCUAUUUCUAGGCUCUCCACCACAGAGAUCAAGGUAUCAGCCUUCAUCAUGGAACUUACAGUCACUUAUAUCAAAGUUUGCUAAAAGCUAUCCACUAAGAAAGAGAGCCAGUCCAGACCACAGUGUGUUUCCACCUCCAAAAGUCAAAAGUGCCUCCUGUUCGAAUUUUUGUCCUUGAAAAUCGCUUUAUAGUCUUUCCCUCAGAAAAUGGAAAUGUAUCUCGGUGGGUAAAAGUGCUUACUCCCCAAGUCAUUCCUGGGACCAACAUGGUGGAAGGAGAGGAAGGACUCCCACAAGCUAUCUUCUAACCUGUGCUCAUGCGUGCACACACACACACACACACAAUGUUAACAUUUAAAAGAUCUUGUAGCCGAGCAGUGGUGGCGCACGCCUUUAAUCCC